CCAGUGACCACCCAGCUACGAAGAAUUUAUAGUACGGUGUGGCAGUCGCACUAUACUUAAAAAUCGUUAACCCUUCUGCGAAGGGUUGAUCAGAUACGCCCAUCUCCACAACCCUCCACGCCUCCGAGGAACAUGGCCCAGCAACGUUUAGAUGGCCUGCAACGAGCUGAACAUGAAUUCGGUCCACUUCUAUCCCCAAUCACAGCAUCGUCGGGAAAAUGGAACGACUACGUCGCUCACCGUACAUCCACAGCGAAAUCCGAGGAAUACGAAGCCUUGAAUCCGGAGGGUGACGGUGACGACGAGGACGACUAUGAUGACGACAUCUAUAGCACUUUUGGUGGAACGAACCCUCGUAUCUUGCACAGGGCAAUCCAUGACCGCGUGGGCGAGCUAGAGGGCGAAAUCGGAGUGCCCAGAGGGACGUUCCAGAAGGGUAUCUUCCUGCUCGACUCGACUAUCAAGAUAGAUGAUGGAUCGCUCACUCGACCCGAAAACGGGACAGUGAGAACCCGCAUCUACUCACCGGGCACCCCUUCGUACAUCGACGUCGACCUCCGCUACAACAGUUUUUCCCGUUCCUAUAAACACGAAUGGUGGUACUCGUUGGGUUUCCACGUCGUCAACGAUCCAAAGCCCCCUCGUCCAGGCCGAGAGCAGGCUGACGACAACUUCGGCUUCGGCGACGAUGACUUCGACCCUAGCGUCGGCAUGGUCUUUCAGCCCGGAUUCUCGCGCGACCAUACCUCCAACGACUGGUUCCCGUUCUCCUGGGGCGAGUACGAUGGCUUUGGUAUCAACGGUCUAGACGGACCGAGGUGGAAGAAGAUCGACGUCGCGUUCCGGCGCAUGCUCGUUUUGACGACGAGCUUGAUCCUGGCCUGCGUCGGCAUCGGAUACCAGAUCGCGUGCGCGGAUAGUGAGAGGGACUUUGCUCCCCACGAGAGCGGCCGAUGGAAGCUUCAGUGGAUGCUAGAAGGUCUGGCUGGUAAUUGGGUCGCUCGUGGGAUAAGGGGUGCUUGCGGGUUCCAGUUGUCUCGCGACUCGGAGGACGCGGACAAGCUGAAGAGAGUCCGGAAGGAGGAGGCGAGUGUUGCCAAUGGCGGUGAUGACGACCCGAACAUGCCAGAUGAAGUGUACAUGCGCGCCUAUGCGCGCCGAUGGUAAAGAUACGUACAGCGUUCGUGAUGAAGAGCGUUUUGAGUGCUAGAAUGAGCAAAUCGGCAAGUUUGAAGUGCUGGUGCAUUUACACAUUCGACAGAGAUCGAAUGCAACAUUCAGUUAUGUCAAAAUUGGGAGCUAUUUCUUCUCCCGGAAGCUAACAUGCGGACAACCUGCAAUGCGCAGGACAGAAUAAGCUUCAGAAGUGGAUGGCCGAGGG